UAAGCAGAGACAUGUCUCAGUACUGCUUCCUGGUUUAAUUGAAUUUGCUGUAAUGAGCAGGAAAACAGCAGGCUUCUCGAAUACAGAUAUCUAGGACCAUCGGCCUUCGUAAAAUUACAGGCUUUUGAAUUUCCCCCCUUUUUUUUUUAAACAAACCAAAGAUGUUUAUAAGGGUUCUCUAUGGGGAUAAUAAAGAAGCUCUCUUUAACAUCAACUGUAAAGUUCAGCUGCUUUUGGCGGGCAUUAAAUCCUACUGUCGCUAUGAAAAUGAAGGUGAUGUAGAGUUGGCAGAUGAAAAUGGGCAGGUGAAGAGCCUAUUAGAGAAUCAGCACGUGUACGCUACCGAGAUUCUCAAUGAGAGAGAGACCUGCAUUCUUCUCUCGGUAACCAGACCCCAUGGUUCAACAGAAGUAGUCUUUACACCCUUGUUAAAUGAUGAAACCAUUGUAAAUGCCAAAUUCCUUGCCAAAUUAGGAAAUUGCGAAGACUCCAAGACCUCUAGCCGUAAGUCGAAAGCUAAAAAACCCAAACAAAAAAGCACAGUUGUGAUUUCUACGCCUCCUGAAGCAGGGAAACAGACGUCGCCUACCCGAACUCGAUCAGUGAAGCAGUGAAACGAUGAAUAGAAGAUAAUAACCAUAUU